AUGGCGGAGGACACCGCGGGACAUGAGCGGUUCUUUGACACCGACUGUGACCAGGAGCUACACCCGGACAGAGGCCCACGAGAGGCGGCUGCAGCCCCGAGGGGCCGCGGGCUCAGCACCGCUGCUCUGGGAGCCUCCUUCCUGGGGCUGGGGAUGUGUAUUGCAGUCGUCGGUCCCACAUUCGAGGAUCUGGCUUUAAACGUCCACAGAAACAUCAGUAGCAUCUCGUACAUCUUUGCGGGGCGCUCGGGGGGGUACCUGGGCGGGUCUCUGCUGGGGGGGGUCCUCGUGGAGCGCCUGAAUCCUCACCUGCUGCUCGGUCUGUCCAUGUUGCUGACAUCAUUGGGGACGUUUGCGAUCCCACUGUGCUCGCAGGCCCCGCUCCUGACCGUGUUUAUGGCGUGUAUCGGCGUCUCCAUGGGCGUCCUGGACACAGGCGGCAACGUUCUGGCGUUGAGCACCUGGGGCGAGGAGGCGGGGCCGUACAUGCAGGCGCUACACUUCAGUUUUGCCGUCGGAGCCUUGGUUUCCCCCGUCAUCGUGCAGCUUCUGUUCAAGACGUCCUCAAACUGCACUUCAGCAGAAAACCUGACACUGCAGACAAACUCCACAGAGCUCUCUCACAGCUGGAGCCUUCGUCGCUCCAUGUGGGCCUACGUCUUCAUCGGUGUGUUUGUUUUUAUCACAGCGCUUUUCUUCUUUGGGAUGUUCUUUUGUGCUGCUCGCUCUCGGGUUCGAUCUCACGCAGUAGAAGAAAAACCUAAAGUCGCUAAAUACCACAUCGCCAUCGUGGCCCUUCUCUUCUUCUUCUACUUUGCGUAUGUGGGGGCCGAGGUGGCCUAUGGAUCCUUCAUCUUCACCUACUCCAAAGACUUUGCCGGACUGGAUAAAGUAGAAUCAGCUGGAGUGAAUACUUUGUUCUGGGGGUGUUUUGCAGGAGGCCGGGGGCUGGCUGUGGUCCUGGCCAUAUGGAUGUACCCCGGGACACUUAUCACCCUCAGUCUGGUCAGCUGCUGCACCUCCUCUCUGCUCCUCAGCCUCUUCCCUCUGCACAGGGCUGUUCUUUGGGCCAACACUGCUUUAUAUGGAGUGUCUAUGGCGGCGGUCUUCCCCAGUGGGAUGGCCUGGGCCGAGCAGUACACCCCCGUGAGCGGACACACAGCGGCAGUGUUGGUGGUUGGAGCUGCCUUGGGGGAGAUGGUGCUCCCGGUGCUCCUGGGUUUCCUCAUGGGACAUAUCAGUGGAAAGCCUCUGCUGAUGUACCAAGCUCUGGCCUGUGCCAUGUUCUGCUCCAUCCUCUUCCCGUGCGCUCACAGACUGGCCGUGGUCUCCGGGUCUCGCACCCAGGGCCACACCAAGAGCGAGUUGUGUCGUGCACUGCUGCAGCCAGAGACCGAGGAGUUUGAGGAUCUGGAGAUGGACACUGGCCUCAGCUCUCCUCAGGGGUCUGACCGUAAAGAAUGA